AUGGAUCACAUCUCGAUUGUGUCCUUCUAUUUGGUGGUAGUUAUGCUGCUGGUUAUGAUUCUAGGAGAAGAUGAAGAGCGCACCACAUUUUGUCUCGACGACGUCGCCUCUGACAUCGCGACGAGGUACUUUUCUGACGGUUCCCAACUGCGACAGAUCUUCGAGUGCGACUGUGACGCCGGUUCGGAAAUCGUGUCGGACUGUCAAUUCGUGGCCAAGACGGAUGACUUGGUUCGCGAGAGCUUCGAAAUGCCGCCAAACUUUGCCUUUAUAGAGUGCCAUGACGCUCGACGGGGACAGUUCCUGGUUUACACGGUGACUUCCCGCAUGCUCCUGCAUCAAGUGGAAAUUUUUGAUCGAAUGUCCAUCAAUCGGUCUGGGGAAGCUCUACCAUUCAUCAUUAUUGCGCCGAAUGGUCACGCGAUAGAAAUCGAGGACUGCAUCAGCGAAGAGGAUGUGAGGUCCCUGGCUGAGAGAAUCAAAGAUACAAGGGCUGAGGUAUAUGGUAUUUCAAGAUCAGCAGGGUCCAAAAAACAUCGGGCCCAAGACGCCUGCCCCUAUCAGACGCUGCCUAUGAAGCCCCGAGAGGCGAAGUGCUGGAAAUGCAAAGUAGCUGAUGAGGAUAUCUCUUUAUCCUUCCUACGUCUAUCUUUAUCUACCAAGUCUGCAACCUUGUGGUGUAGCAAGAGCCCGAGCGUGAGCUUGAGCUUUUCGGCUCUUAUCACGGAUGGCUCUUUGGACCUGAAAAUGCACAUGUACCUCCAUUUCCAUCCGGUUAUCAAUGGCAUUGUGGUAUAUGAGCACACUGAGAACAUUCGCCUUCUUGCCAAGGGCUUUGGCCUUACGCUUAAGCGAUGGGCCACUUCUGCUCAUCUUGAUUCUCUGCGGCCUGGUAUGCAUGUUCAAAAUUGGCUAGCCCAGGUUGAUAUCGGCACGACCUUUGGCAAGGCCAAGAGUGAACACGAAUUUCGUACCUCAUAA